AUGUCUCUGAACUCCCAACCUAAAAUCCGCUUCACCCCCAAGAUGCUCAACCAGAAAACCAGAAAAGCCCAGGCCACGCAAGAAAUGUUAGAUCUCGGCAUACAAAACUCUUCAGACUCAGCCUUCUUCAACUUACCAGGCGAUAUCCGCAAGCGCAUUUACGAAUCUGCGUUCACUACGGGCGAGGUUAUUCAACUCCUCUCCCUUGAUGCGGAUCUCGAGGGAGAAACACUCGUGGAGGAAGAGGAAGAAGAGACGAUGGAGAUGGAUAUUGACGAGACAGAGGAGAUGGAUAUCGACAUUGACGAGACAAAGGAGAUGGAUAUAGAUGAACUGAUGAUGUGUCUUGACAUCAACGACACCAAGACUACAACGCGAAACCCCUUCGCCGCAAUCCUCACAUCCCGACAAUUCUACUUGGAAACACACCUUCUGCCUUUCUACCACAACACCAUCUCCUGCACCAACCUGGGGGACCUCGGCACUACUCUACGCCGCCUGUCACCAGCCCAGCUCCAUUCUAUCCGCUCGCUGAAGAUAGGGUGGGCAACCGCGCAGUCUGUAGCGCUGGAACACACGAUUUCACCUUGUGGAUUUGGGCUAGUUGGAUCAGCGCUACGUAUGCUGGAUAAACUGGAGAAAGUUGUUGUGGAUUGGACGGGCAAGAAGCGGCUCUUUCCUGAUAAGAAGAGGGUGGAAGAGGCGCUGGCUGCGUUGUGUGGGAGGAAGCUGGUUGUUUUGUUUGAGAGGGGUGAGGAGGAGUAUCGAGAGGUGGUACAGCGGGUAGGAACCGUUCAGCAGAGGAAAGAGGUAGAGCGAGUGGACACGGUGAUGGAGUGGUCGGCGCCCGCUUGGGAUGGAUGA